CAUGUUUACCCUUCUCAUUAUAGAUGAAGGCUUUACAUGAAUUGCAUCAAAUUAAUGUCAAAUAAGAUUUUCGAGGACAACUUGAUAGAAUAAGAAAUCGUCUGCUUGAUAAAUGUGUGUGGAAUUGAAGCAGCAUGUCUUAAUUUCUAGUACUGUGGUAGCUACAUUUUCAAUUCUAAUUGUUUCGAUCAAUCUUGCUGAAAUGGAUUCACUUCCAUCAAAUUCCAGCUUUUUCAACAUGUCGCACAUAAACAGCAGUGGUGUUCCUUACAAAAUAGAAAUAUCAGAGACAUCAACAUCCGUUGUUGGUACUGCAGAUACAGGAAACAGUACAAAUGUUUUUGAUAGACAAGAUUUUUGUACUACGCCAUACUGUAUACCAAAUGCUAUUAUAAUCAGCCUCAUAUCAAUCAGCGGCAUUGUCAUGAACUUGGUCGUAAUUGUUAUUGUAAAAAUUGACAAAAGAUUACAUCAACCGACCUUCGUUGCAAUAGCAUGCCUUGCACUGCCCGAUUUCACCUUUCUUUUUUCCCGAUAUAUUCGUUAUAUUAUAGAUGGGUAUAUAUGGAUGAACAUUUCAAAAUCGGACUACAGGAAAAUAAAAAUCACGUUAGAUUUUAUAGGAUUAGUAGCAGCAGGAUCGUCUGUUUUCCACGUAGUUUUCAUGUCCGUUUUGCGUUAUUUUAUAAUUGUGCAUCCCUUAAAAUCACGAAGUAUAUUAACAAGUAAAAAGGUUAUGCUGAUUUCACUUCCGUUGUGGAUUGUUGCUGUCGGAAAUGGUUCAUUCUAUAUGUAUGCAGUAAUUUUUAACCUCGAUGAUAGGAAGUUAGCAUUCUACACAAACUUGGCGGUGACAAUAUUUAUGACGGCGUUUCCAAUAGUCACUAUAAGUAUUCUUCACACAUUCAAAGCAAAAGCGUUGUUAAAUUCCCUUUCCUCUACUGAGAUGGUAGUUCGGAAAAUGUCCAGAGUGGUUACAUUCGUUAUUUGCUGUUAUCUUAUAACAACUACGCCAACUAAUGUUAUGGAUAUUAUAAGACUUUUCCAUCCGAAAUAUUUCAUGUCUAAAGUGUUAUUUAGAUUGGAACAAGCUGCAAGAAUAUUUUUCUUCUUGACUUAUGCGAUCAAUCCUUUUAUAUAUUUCAUAUUUUCACCACAGUUUAAACGUUUCUUCAAAGAAAAGUGUUCAAAAACCCGAAUGAAAUUUUCACGUUCACCGCAAUCUCAAACAAUGUCCACUACAAUCCACUCACAUUCAACACAGCUCACAGAAACCGGUUCUUCAGUUCAAGAUUACAAUGCAAUCAAAACUUUGCACACUCAAACGGAUAAAUGAUAAACUUCACAAUAAAUGAAACAGAAACGUUAAAUUUUAAUAAUCAUAUUUAUAUUUAUAUUAAUUAUUAUUUUACCUUCGGAGUUUCACUGGCUCAGCAAAUGAGCAAAAUGGUAGAACUUCUAUCUACUAUUUCGGAUUGUUGAACUUGACAAGGAGAUUUUUAUGAUAAAGUUACCUCAUACUUAAAUCAUCAAUUGAUUUAACAAAUUGUUUAUAUAUAUGUGAAUAAACUGAUGGUGCAUAUGAGGUACACAUUGUUUUCUUUUUUUAUCUAUAUACAUACAUUAUAGUUAUUUUGAUUUACUUUGUUCAAUAGCGCAUGUGCUAAUACUAAUCUUAAUGAUAAUAAAAUG